AUGUCCCAGGAACAGACCGAGAAGCUUGAACCCACCGGUGGGGACCGUACCGUUCCCCCAGACUUGGUAUUGACGACAUCCAACGCGGAGAAAAACAUUAGCAUCGUGCCGGCGGUCGAUGACGACGCGGGUCUAAGCCGGCACGACACCGAUGCCAUCUACAGCAGGUUCGCUCCAGCUCGAAAAAGACUCGUCACUGUUGUUGUUGCGUGCGGUGGCAUUGCCUCCACCGUCUCGUCGUUGCUGCUUUUGGCCGCCAUACCUGAGAUUGCAGCAGACCUGAAUACAACCGGAAGCAUCAUCAAUGUCAGCAACGCCGUCUACAUUCUAUUCAUGGGUCUCAGCACGCUGUUCUGGGGUCCAAUCAGUCAAGUGUAUGGCAGAAAAUGGCCAUGCAUUAUCUCAGCAUCCACCUUCUUUGCCUUUUGUGUGGGAACUGCCCUGUCUCCAAACCUUGGAGCGUUCUUCGUAUUUCGUCUGCUAUCAGCUUUCAGCGGGACAGCCUACCUCGUCCUUGGCUCCAGUUGUAUCAGUGAUAUCUACAAGCCUACUGAACGAGGAACUGCCUUAGCAUGGUUCCUUAACGGCACUUUGAUUGGGCAGUCUUUCGGCCCUUUCAUAGGCGGCGUCAUUGUGACCUUUCACAGCUGGCGAGCACUGUUCUGGUUCACAGCGGCCCUCGGUGGCCUCACUGCGAUUCUUGCGGUGUUGUUUCUACCAGAAACUAGCCAUCGCAGACGAGCAGAUGAGUUGACAGGCCUUGGCACCAGGGCUAAGGUUGCGCAGGUGUGGCAAUGGGCUAAUCCUUUCCGCGUACUCGCUCUUUUACUCGUCCCGAAACUCUUAGUAGUGGCAAUCGCUGCUGCGUCUUUAGUUUGGAACAUGCAGGCUUUACUCACCCCGAUCCGAUAUGUCAUCAAUCCUAGGUUUGAUCUUACAUCACCCCUCCAAUCAGGGCUAUUUUUCCUUGCCCCGGGAUGUGGGUUUUUCUUUGGCACAUACGCCGGAGGCCGAUGGGCUGACCACACUGUUAAACUUUGGAUCAAGCGUCGGGGUAAACGCAUACCUGAAGAUCGUCUCCGCAGCUCAUUUGUAGCCAUGGGAGCUGUGAUCCCUGUCUGCAUCAUCAUCUACGGCUGGGCUAUCGAGAAGGAGAAGGGAGGUAUCCCACUUCCCGUGGUCUGCAUGUUUGUCCAGGGAUUCGCCCAAGUCAUUGCCUUCCCUUGCUUGAACACCUAUUGCCUGGAUGUGAUCAAAGGAAGGGGUGCAGAAGUGAUAGCCGGAAACUACUUCUUUCGGUAUGCUAUUGCAGCAAUAGGUACUUCUGUGUGCUUGCCAGCUAUAGAGAGUAUUGGACUUGGAUGGUUCAGCACGAUCACUGCUGUUUUUGUCUUCUUCUCCGCCGCUGCAGUCUAUGUUGUGGUUGAAAUCGCGGCAAAAGAGGACGGCAAAGCGCAAAGCGAAGAAGUUUAG